UUAAGUAAGGCUUUGUUUCCCACAGAGGUUGUUACUUGGUUAAAAGUGGCUACUAAAGUUGUAGAAACCCCUUCAAACAUUUCCUGGAACAGGCAAUCUGAUUAAAGGCAAUCAAGGAAUCGUGAGACAUCCUGUGUUCUCAUGAUGUUAAAGCAUUAUGAGAACACAGGAUGUCAAAAAAUUGAGAAACCACACUGAGCCUGAUGAGCUGAUAAAGACAUAUAUGUCAAGAAACAGUCAGUGGGGAAGAGACAGUGACCAGGGGGCCAUGGAUCGCGUCCUGGUCGUGUUUGUGCUGCUCUGGAGCUCAGGUCUCCAGAUAGAAGAAAGUGAUCUUUUCAAAGAGCACAGGCUGGUGAACAGACCCAGCAGGUGUUCUGCUAAGCUCCAGGUGUAUGAUACUCAUAACGUGGACCUGGAUUUCGCACACAAGGUCUGUAGAAGUCUGGACUGUGGUUCUGUGGUUCGGACUUCCUUGGAUCUAUGGGGACCUCUGCCGAUCAUUUGGAAUUAUACUCGAAGUGGGAUGAGACAUUUUAGAAAAAAAAGGUCACCGUUGCUAACAAAACAUUUGGACAUCAUCUGCUCAGACUCUGUCAGGCUGGUGGAUGGGACUAGUCUGUGUUCAGGGAGACUGGAGCUGAAGUCUAAGUCUUGGUCCUCAGUGUGUGAAGCUGACUUUGACCAGCAGGAUGCAGAGGUGGUCUGUAGGGAGCUCGGCUGUGGACCUCCUUCAGUCCUCCAGGGAGAACUCAAUGGGGAAGCAGAGGCUCCAACAUGGACCAAAGAGUUCCAGUGUGGAGGCAACGAGUCUGCUCUCCUGGACUGUAAGAGCUCAGACUCAGUUCAAACCUCCUGUCCAUCUGGACAAGCUGUCCGACUCACCUGCUCAGAGCCCGAUAUCGUCCGACUGGUGGGAGGAUCCAGUCGGUGUGCUGGUGUCCUGGAGGUGAAACAACAAGGAGAGUGGAGGACAGUGGAUGAACAUACAGCUCACUGGAAUCUAGAGACAGCAGAUGUAGUUUGUCGUGCAUUAAACUGCGGCUCUGCUGUUUCAACCAGGAGGAAAAAACAGGACUACGCCUAUUACAAAUGGACGAUCAGAUCGACUUGUCUUCUGUCCGGGUCUGCAUUUAGGGAGUGUGUAUAUACAAUGAGGGAACAAUCCACUUCCAACCUGGAGGUCAUUUGCUCAGACUCUGUCCGGCUCGUGAAUGGGUCGAGUUCUUGUUCAGGCAGACUGGAGGUCAAGUCUGACCAGUCUGACCAGCGCUGGUCCUCAGUGUGUGAAGCUGACUUUGACCAGCAGGAUGCAGAGGUGGUCUGUAGGGAGCUCGGCUGUGGACCUCCUUCAGUCCUCCAGGGAGAACUCAAUGGGGAAGCGGAGGCUCCAACGUGGACCAAAGAGUUCCAGUGUGGAGGCAACGAGUCUGCUCUCCUGGACUGUAAGAGCUCAGACUCAGUUCAAACCUCCUGUCCAUCUGGACAAGCUGUCCGACUCACCUGCUCAGAGCCCGAUAUCGUCCGACUGGUGGGAGGAUCCAGUCGGUGUGCUGGUGUCCUGGAGGUGAAACAACAAGGAGAGUGGAGGACAGUGGAUGAACAUACAGCUCACUGGAAUCUAGAGACAGCAGAUGUAGUUUGUCGUGCAUUAAACUGCGGCUCUGCUGUUUCAACUGGGCGGAGGAAUAAACAGGAUGACGCCUAUUACAAAUGGUCGAUCAGAUCGACUUGUCUUCUGUCCGGGUCUGCAUUUAGGCAGUGUGUAUAUACGAAGGUUGUCUUUUCCACUUUCAACCUGGAGGUCAUUUGCUCAGAUUUGCUGCUUCCAGCAUUCAUCUCCUCCACCCACACUGACGGGGUUUCUGAGGCCACGCAGCAGGGGUUUCAGGUGCUCCUGGGCUCCGACUUCACCAUCACCUGCUUCAUCCAACCACAGUAUCCAGGAGGUUCCUUCCAGCUUAUGUUCACCACCUCGGCUACAUCACAGAACUACACCCAGCCAGCUGUCAAUCACUCGGCUCAUUUCCUGUUCUCUGCUGCAAGCCACGCCCACCAAGGAGAGUACCGCUGUGUUUAUCACGUCUACGUAUUCUCCCAUAACUUCUCUUCUGAGAGCCGGACACUCGCUGUCACCGUGUCAGCUUCUUUAAUAGAGCUGCUCAUCAGACUGGUGGUCCUGGUCCUGGUCCUGGUUCUGAUUGUGGGGUCCAGUGCUGCUGUGCUUUACUACUACAAGGCCACCAGGGGGCAGCCACCAAAACAAGAGGACAACAUGGAGCUGGAUUACCUCGGUGGUGCUGAAGACUGUCCAGGUGAAGAGGCAGGAGCCCGGGGGACGGAUUAGGAUCCCCGAGGUCCACGACCAGAUGAAGCACUCCCAACAACAACAGUCAAAUCAUCAUGUGCCUCCACAAAAACAUGCUAAAUUGAAUUUUAAACAAUUUGAAGAGAAAAUUAACUCCAGAAUUAUCUGUAUAUAUGUGUGCUUUUCUUAUUAUACUCUUAUUCUUUUAAUUCAUGAUAAAACGUAUUGUCACGGCAAACAAAGUGUUUGUUUCAGGUCUAACUUGUUGAUACUCUUAUCCUUUUAAUUCCUGCACUGAUGUUUCAAAUUAAAAGCCUGUGGUUACUCCUGUCUGAACAGAAAUAUCCAGAAAACUGCAACAUUUACUGGAAAUAUGGACGAAUACGAAGUGUUAAAGUUCUUAUUGUGAUCGAGAAAAGAAGAUUAAUUUACCAGAUUUGAGCAAAUUGCCCAUUUCUGUUUGUGAUUAUGUUUCCUUUCAUUUGAUUCCUGAUGCUGU